AUGGCGUGUGCAGGCGCGUUACUUCUGGAGACGCGGCCUUUCAGGCCCUUCAAGUCCUCCGAGGAGUACUUAUAUGCAAUGAAAGAGGAUCUGGCGGAGUGGCUCACACAACUGUAUCCAGAGCUAAGGAUUACGGCUGAAAACUUCCUCGACCGACUUGACACAGGCGUAGCUCUUUGCCGGCACGCGAAUGCAGUGAGGGAGUCUGCCCGUCUUAUUCUAGAGUCACCCGCAACAGAAACAGAAGAUGCUGUGACCCUCGCUAAAGCUCUCCGCUCCCGACCUCCAGUCAACAUGCUCCCAGCGGCCAAAGCUGGAACAUUUUUUGCCAGAGACAACGUCUCGAACUUCAUAGAAUGGUGUCGCCGAGCCCUCGGAAUAUUAGAAUGCCUUCUUUUCGAAACAGACGACUUAUGCCUGCGAAAGAAUGAAAAGCACGUUGUUCUUUGUCUCCUUGAAGUGGCCAGAAAGGGCGCAGUUCUUGGCAUGCCAGCUCCUCUACUUGUACAAAUGGAGAAACAGAUUGAAAGAGAAUUGGCUGGGGAGGAAUUGAGACCCGAUGAUUCUGCCUUGGGACUAGUACCCCAAGGCCCGCAACGACAGUUGGUGACAAAUGACUUGAGAAGUUUAGACGAGAGAGUUAGAGAUCUAGUAGAGAGGUGCUCUUGUCCCACACAAUUCCCAAUGGUCAGGGUGUCUGAAGGAAAAUACAGGAUUGGUGACACCAGGCUUCUGAUCUUUGUCAGGAUCCUUCGCUCCCACGUUAUGGUACGCGUUGGCGGUGGUUGGGACACACUUGCCCACUACCUGGACAAGCACGAUCCUUGCAGAUGCCGCACACAGCAUCGCACUUCACUAUCAGCUCGCUUAGCCCGACCCAAGCAAGACCUGGCUGGCGCUACCGUCACAUACGAACGCCCCGACGCCGGUCCGACCUCUCUACCCUUCACGAAGAACGAAAAAUCAUAUGAACCUAUGUCUCUACAAUAUUCUCCAAAGGUCUACAACGAAGACCCUAAAGCUCAACAGUACCAUUCCAACAAUAAACUCGACGCUCCAUCGAGUCUUCCCUAUAUGGGAGAGGUGGACAGAGCUUGCUCCCCCAGUAGAAAAUAUUUGACUCCUCGCCCAAACAGCCCGGGAAGAUGCUCAUCAUCCCCAGAUCGAAGACCUAAGCUCGUCCCCACGAAUCAUUUGGUUCCAUCGCCUCAUGCGGUGAGGAAUAAGAGCCCCAGGCCUGUUUCUCCCGCUCCGGCUACAGAAAGUGCAUCGGACAAUGGAUCAGAAGUAUCUGAUGAGGGUUACAGGAGCUUGGGUGUGGUCGCUGGGUCUACCCAAGGAUCACCAUCUACGAAAACCACGAAUAGAUAUUCUAUUCACAGCCAAAAUUCCAUUGAUGACGCUGAUUUUAACGAGCGUCUCGAACACGAUGACGGCUGUCACAUGGACAAGAAUGAACGUGUGGAUAUCUACGUCAGCCUGGCCACUGGCCUCCGGAAGACAGACUUCUCCGACACUUUCUACGGUGGUCAGAGCAGAAAGACCAGUUCGGUCGACGAUAAAUCUAAUCGCGCCAGUCCCGAAUGCACCAUAAGCACGGAAAACAACGAUUCUCCAAGCAAGAGCCUAAGACCCAACAGAGAAGUUUCAGAAUCACCCACGAAGACCAUAAGAAGUAGACAGGCGAGUCGCAUUCCACACUCGCCAGUCAGGAACCGGACUCCGAACCGUGGCAACACACCGAGCCCCAAACAGGCUCCAAACCCAGUACAGACAUCGCCCAAGCUAAAGCCCAAACUGCCUCCAACAGCAAGGAAUACUUGGAGUGGCAGAACUGCUCCAACACAGACCAAGACUAAGAGCCGACCCACGAUUGGAGCAGACACCUUCGAUAAUCCCAACAAAUCGCCGAAAGCAAAGCCUAAAGCGGGCCAAACAGAGGCGUUCAAGCGAAAUUCACCUUUAAGAGCCAGCAGUGCAACUCUGCGUUCCCCUUCUCAUCAGAGACAAUUAAGCCCUUUGCUUGAACAGAUCUUAAGGUCCGCAGAAACCGCGAAAGAUGACGCGACCGUUUUAGAAAAAAUGAAAGAGAUAAUCAGAACGUAUUCAAAGGGUGAUUCAGCAGACUCUAUAUCGAGGACAAGCUCGAAAGACUCCGAUUACGCUGACUUUACAUCAGCGUGGGUUAUGUCUGACGGUAAACUAGAAAGGUCUACAAGUACCAGACAGUUAGCAGCGCCCAGGAAAGAUCCUAAGACGGGCGGGUCGAGGAUACCAGCUCCUGUUUCCAUCGGCUGCAGGCGAUCCACGUCUACUUCGCAAUUUCAGUGA